AUGGCUUCUCCGUCCAAAGGCGGUGACUUGUUUUCGUCUGAUGAGGAGGGCCCCGCGGUGCUGGCCGGCCCGGGCCCCGGGCCUGGAGGAGCCGAGGGCGGCGCGGAGGAGCGCAGGGUCAAGGUCUCCAGCCUGCCCUUCAGCGUGGAGGCGCUCAUGUCCGACAAGAAGCCGCCCAAGGAAUCGCCCGCGGUGCCACCCGACUGCGCCUCGGCUGGCGCUGUCCUGCGGCCGCUGUUGCUGCCGGGACACGGCGUCCGGGACGCUCACAGUCCCGGGCCUCUCGUCAAGCCCUUCGAGACCGCCUCGGUCAAGUCGGAAAAUUCCGAAGACGGAGCGCCGUGGAUACAGGAGCCCGGCAGAUACUCCCCGCCGCCCAGACACAUGAGCCCCACCACCUGCACCCUGAGGAAACACAAGACCAACCGGAAGCCACGCACACCGUUCACCACGUCCCAGCUUCUAGCCUUGGAGCGCAAGUUCCGCCAGAAACAGUACCUCUCCAUCGCAGAGCGGGCCGAGUUCUCCAGCUCUCUGAACCUUACAGAAACCCAGGUCAAAAUCUGGUUCCAGAACCGAAGGGCUAAGGCAAAAAGACUGCAGGAGGCGGAACUGGAAAAGCUGAAAAUGGCUGCCAAACCUAUGCUGCCCUCGGGCUUCAGUCUGCCCUUCCCUAUCAACUCCCCCUUGCAAGCGGCAUCCAUAUACAGCGCCUCCUACCCCUUCCAUAGACCUGUGCUUCCCAUCCCGCCUGUGGGACUCUAUGCCACGCCGGUGGGAUAUGGCAUGUACCAUCUAUCCUAAAGAAGACCAGAUGGACACACUCUAGGAUGGAUGUUUGUGGAAAGCAUUCCCCUCCCUCUCCAGGAAGGCGGUGCCAAUUUUGCUCCUGAACGCAAACCCUGCGUUGUCGCCCUAAGCAACAGGCCUGUGGGGGGGCCACUUGAUACAGAGUGAAUUUGUUAUUUACGUGAGAGGCACUAAGACCGAUUUUGUUUUCAUAAUUUCCCAAAUGUCCCCUUUUCCUCUCACAGUUAUUGGCUCUGCUAGUUUUUAUGUAUAAAUAUAUAAUAAAAUAUAAGACUUUUUAUAUGCCAGAUGUAAAAAUUCAAGUUAUUUUGGAAGGCAAAAUUUAUAUAUACGCUUAUCCAUUUUUCUAGAUAGCAUUUUCUUAAGAUAUUGUGUUUAGUCCAUUUGCUACCUUUUCUUAAAGGGAAAGAGAUUUGUUUGCAGAACUUUCAAGGAGGAUGGACUUGCUUAUGGAGGACAUGCCAGGAGUAGACAUAGUGCAUACAAGAUACAGUUUCAGAUAUAUUCUUGCAAGGGAAGGGGGAUGUGUAACAUGUUCUUAUGCAUUUUAGGUGCGUAAGAAACAAAACCUCUUGAGAUGCACAUUUGAUCUUAUUUUUCUCUCUUCUCCAUUCCAUGUUGUCAAAUCUGAGGAUAACUCUGAGAAUUACUCAGGGUAAAAGUGGGAUUCCAUUUCAGGGCCCUGGCGUGCGAGGGUUUAGAAGAUAAAACUUGUGUAGGAAUUGGUUUCUGUGAAAUGCUAACUACAUCAGUCCUCACAGGGCACAGAGGAGAUUGCAAGAGGGCGUAGUUAAAUAUCUGCUUAGAAAUGAGUGUCUUGUAACUGUUGCCUAUAUUUGAAAGAUUCUUCAACAGUCCAUAGAAUCAGGAAGGGGAAAAAAUGCUUUCUCUCUGUGUGUGUGUACUUACUGUAUGUGCUAAAUGUAUUAGGGACUCGAACGUGUUUGGGGUAGACAAUGAAGCCAUGUGUUGGGCUUGGUGGAAACAAACGGUGUUGUCAGACAACACAGUCAGCUAGCCCCUUGGUCUUUCACCUGCCUGUCCACCUCUUCCCAAUAUAUUUUUAUCCCGUUGAAAGGGUAUCUUGUAUAAUUUUAUAUAUUUUAUUGAAGAGUUAUUUCUUAUCUCAUACUCUGAAUUAAAUUAAAAUGUUUUAUUGCAGUAAA